AAUAUAAGGAAGUAAAAGUUACUACUUACGUAAUCUCACUGAAGUAAGGUUAACGUCUACUAGUUUUCAUAAAAUAUAUUUGAUAGUUUGGAAAAAACUUUCAGAAUGAGUGCUGCUCCUAGUAAGGGAUUAGUAGCCCUAAUAAAAAGAGGUUGGAAUGAAAUUCCAGAAAUUAUGGGGAGUUCUGUUUUUGGAAUCGCUGGAGUUGGAUUAACGAUUUAUUCAGUUUACUUGUACUACCAAAAAGAUGGAGAUAACAGAAGAUAUAAAGAACAGUACACUGUAUACAGACACGAUGAUCCAAGGGUAGAUAAAAUCAAACAAUAGUGAUAGCAAAAUAUCUAGUCAUGUAGUAACUUUAUUCUUGUUUAAAUUCUUAAAAUAAAUACAUUUUUAAUAAAGAGAUUUGUGUUCAAA